AAUGCGUCCGUUCCGGGCUCCGGCAAUCAUCCGACCCGUGCACAGCAAGCGAAAGCGAAGCGAAGCCCUCCCCACGAACGAAAUCGAAGCGACUUGCUGCCUUUCCCGAGACUGCUCUCCGCGGCCAAAUCCACCACGACCUCCCUCCCCGUCUCUCCAAUCCGAUCCGAUCCAAACCCCCAUGGAUUUUUGCAAGUCCAUCCUCGCCGAGCCCGAUCCGGACCCGCCCUCCCCGCCGCCGGAGCGGGAGCCUGAGUCCGCGCCCGCCGGAUCCGCCUCCUCCGCGCCCGCCGCUUCCGCUCCCGCUGGCGGCGGCGGCGGAUGGGGCUUCGGCGGGCUGCUCAAGACGCUCACCUCGCAGUCCGAGACCGUGCUCGAGACCUACCGCCGCGACCUCGCCGAGUUCGGCACCGGCCUGCGCCGCGAGACCAAGGUGCUCCGCGAGGCCGCCGCCCGCGCCGCGCGGGACCUCCCGUCCUCCGCGCACGCGCUCGACGGGCUCGCGGACAUCGUCGCGCAGGGCAAGGACGCGCUCUCCCAGGUCGCCGCCGCCGCGACCGCCCCAGUCUCCGCGCACUCCGACGGCGUUGAGUCCGAGCAAAGCUCCGCCGCCGGGGCCCAAGUCCGGUACAGCCGCUUCGAGGCGCAGCUGCGGGCGCUCCAGGCGGAUCCGGCCACCUUCACCGCCGAUCCCGAGGACGCUGAGGACUUCGCGGCUUGGAGUAAAGGGUUUAGUUUGGAUGAGAGGAAGGACGAGAUCGAGGCCUUGUGCUACGAUAGCGACGCGCUGGAAGCCAUGGUCGACAGGCUAGUGCCAGACACCGUGGAGAGCGAGGUGUUCUGGGCGAGGUACUUCUACCGUGUCCUUAAGCUGAAGCAGCAGGAGGACGCAAGGGCGAAGCUCGUGCAGCGUGUGAUCGCUCAGGAGGAAGAUGAGGAUUUGAGCUGGGAAGUGGAUGAUGAGGAUGAGGAGGAAGAGCAGCAGAAAGAGGAUGCAAAAGAACCAGUAGCAAGGCAACAAGAGGCGACCAAAGAAGAAGUGAAGCAUGAAGUGGAAGCAAAGGAAAUUGAGAGAGUGCUGGAAGAACCGGCUGCUUUGGAGGGGCAACAGAAGAAUGCUGAUGAGCCCCAGCCAGUGGUUUUAGGUAGCUCUUUGGUGGUAGUGGACGAGGAGGAACAGAAGAACACCGAUGAGCCACAACCUGUGGUUUUUGGCAGCUCUCUGGUGGUGGUGGAUGAGGAAGAGAAGGAAGGGCACUCCAAGUCAAAAGUUGAAGAAUCAGGUGACAAGAAAGAAGCGGCAAAGCAUGAGGCCAGUGAUUCAAGCAAGGAUAGUGAUUACUCCAUAGUGUCUAGACAACGAACAAUGGAGGAAGAGGAUCUUGAAUGGGAUGAGAUUGAGGAUCUUGGAGAGCAUGAAGAAAAGAAGGGUAGCACCCACGACCCAAGCCCUGCUCUGAAGGAGUUGAGAAAGAGGCUGAGUGUAGCUGAAGAUGAUGAGGAUUUGAGUUGGGAUAUCGAGGAUGAUGAUGAUAAGUCUUGAAUACUCAUGAAUGCUGGUAAGGAAGUGUCAAUUGUAUUUCUACAUUUCUUACCUUUCAUUACUCACGAAGAUACUUUGAUUCAGCCAAUAAAUAUUGGUUAAUUGCUAUGUUUAUGCUAUGGAUACGUGUGUAAACAGUAAACUCUCUAGUUCGAUGAUGUCAAGUGGCAGUUGGCUAGAAGUGUCAAUCUACUCUGUUGUCUCUGUGGUGUUGUAAAUAUGUUAAGUUUAUUUGACUGUUGUGUUAUAUUGUUGUUUGGAAACGUACACUGUCCAUGCCAGAAUUUGGAAUGGGCUUUGUACAAUUUCUUUCAGAAAGAACUACCGGUAAGGCAGUAAUGUGAA